AUGGGAAGACUUCGCCGUAAGAGAACGCACCACAGCAUCCGAGACAAUUACCGUAAACAACGUACUCGUGCUUAUACAAGAGAUCUUGAUCAGAUCCAUGACGAUUUAAAACCUGAUAACUAUGAAAAAAUGAAGCAUCAAGAAGUUGAUACCGACUUACCAGGACUUGGACAGCAUUAUUGCGUAGAGUGUGCACGUCAUUUCAUUUCAGAUUCCCAUUUACAAGAGCAUUUAAAGAGCAAAUUACAUAAAAGAAGACUCAAGAAAUUAGAAGAAGAACCAUAUACACAAGAAGAGGCUGAUCGGGCAGCAGGUAUUGGUAAGCCUGAUAAUGGUAAACGAGGAGGUAGAUUAAGAAUGACAGAUGAUGAUGUGACAAUGGAAGAGUAA